AUUGGUCACUCAGUUAUCGAACAGGAUCAGCCCAGGCUACAUAAAUACCCGCAGCCUCCUUUCUCUCACUCUGUCCUCCCACCAUCACCCUCGAGCACUUUCAAAACAAUGUCUGGACAACACACCCUCCCCGAUCUUCCUUACCCCUACGAUGCCCUCGAGCCCUUCAUCUCUAAGCAGAUCAUGGAGCUUCACCACAAGAAGCACCAUCAGACCUAUGUCAACGCUUUGAACGCUGCUGAACAGGCUUACGCCAAGGCUUCUUCUCCCAAAGAGAGGAUCGCUCUCCAGAGUGCACUCAAGUUCAACGGUGGUGGACACAUUAACCACUCCCUCUUCUGGAAGAACCUCGCACCCUCCAAGUCCGAGGGCAAGGGUAACGGCGGUGUCCUCGCCGACGGUCCUCUCAAGAAGGCCAUCGUGGAGACAUUCGGUUCCGUCGAUGUUUUCAUAAAGGAGUUCAACACCACCACUGCUGGUAUCCAGGGAUCCGGUUGGGGCUGGCUCGGAUUGAACCCUGUCACCAAGCGUCUCGAGAUCGCCACCACUCCUAACCAGGACCCUCUCCUUACUCUGGUCCCCAUCAUCGGUGUCGAUAUCUGGGAGCACGCUUUCUACUUGCAGUACCUCAACGUCAAGGCCGACGUAAGUCUGAUUUCCUCUUGCUCCACUCGCAUAUGGACGCAAAAUAAUAACAACCCCUCUCCUCCCUCUGACAGUACCUCAAGGCCAUCUGGAACGUUAUCAACUUCGACGAGGCUGAGACUCGCUUCAAGGAGGCUCUCUCCGGCUCCAAGCUCUAAGCAAAGAGUCGCGACCUAACCCACGGUCUACAGUAUUGGACUUUGGAUCUGAAUUUGUCGGACGUAAAUCAAAUUAGCAAAGAAGCGUGUGCUCGAAAUGUAUAACUAGGAUGCUGAAGUAAAACAGGCCAAUCAGAUUGUAUCCCGUCUUGUCAAUCGUAAUUCAAAAGUUCGACUCGAUAGUAUCGGCCGUCACGCA